AAAUUUUAGAUCCGUAAUUCUUCAAUCCUGCUACCUCCCUUUCAUACCUGACCCGCCGCCGGAGACCCCAACCUUCGUCUGAGACGAAGCUCAGAAACAGAUCUCGUCCCCAUCGUCUGAGAAUCGUGAAACUCUUCGUCUGAGCUCUAUCUAAGACGCAGAUCUGCGUCUGAGACGGAGCUCAAACACUUAGCUUCGUUUGAGACGAAGCUCUCUGAGACGAUGCUUUGUGUCUGAGCUUUGUCUUAGAUGAAGCUCAGACGAUAAGCUUCGUCUCAGACGAAGCUCUGUCUAAACUUCGUUUGAGACGAAGCUUAGACGAUAAGCUUCGUCUCAAACGAAGGCAACUGUUUCCGGCACUAUUCCAGAAAGGGGCAGUAUCGGUUCCCCAAUAGAGGUAAUGGUUAUGAGGUGGGUGAAGGUCGUGGGUGGAAGGAGGAAAAUUGAAAAAAAAAUUGUUUGCCGGGAAAAAGCGGAAAACAUAGUAAACACCAACAAUUAGGUGAAGUAGUACAUAAUCAAUGAUGAAAAAAAAUCCAAAGACAAAUUUUAUUUUAGAAUAAUAAUAAAUUCAAUUUUUUUUAGUUGUGUUUCGAAGUGUUUAAUUAGAUUUUUUAUUCGGCGUUAUAUUAGUUUUGCAAAAUGGUGAGACAUAAAUAAAAUGUGAAAUUGAUAUAGAGGAUUGGAAGUAGAAUGAGAAAAUGGGAGUAAAGCAAUUGGUAUCAGAAUGGUCCAGUGUGAAACAGUUUCAUGCGUGGAUGAUUCGUAGAGGCGUGGAUGAUCUCUAUGCCUGUUCGCUGUUGAGUAACCAUAAGAACCCAGCUGACAUUGAUGUGUACAACAGCCUCAUCAGGGCUCUCUCCUCCGCUUCUCCUCAACCUGCCCUCCUCCUCUUCAACGCCAUUCAACUCGCCGGCUUGCGUCCCGACUCCUACUCCUUCCCUUUCGCUUUCAAGGCCGUUAUUCGACUCCUCGCUUUCCCCACCGGUCUCCAGCUUCACUCCCAGACUAUUCGCUUCGGCUUUCACUCUCAGCCCCACGUUCUCGCCUCCCUCAUUCACUUCUACUCCUCCUCUGCCCCUCAUCACAUCUUCCAUGCUCGCACCCUCUUCCAUCAACUCUCCCUUCCCACCGCCCAUAUGGGCCUCUGCAACUCCAUGCUUGCCGCAUAUGCCAGGCUCGGCGACAUGCAAAACGCACGCCAUCUGUUUGAUUCUAUGCCUCACAGGAAUGUCAUUUCCUGGACGUCUCUCAUCUCUGGGUACGCUCGCUUGAAUCGGCCCCACCAAGCAAUUGCCAUCUUCCGCAGCAUGCAGCUUCAUAAUGUGGAGCCUGAUGGGGUCUCAAUGGUGGCUGCUCUCUCUGCUUGCGCCCAGCUGGGUGCUUUGGAGUUGGGGGAAUGGAUUCAUAACUACAUCCACAAACACGCUCUACCCAUCACUCCUUCUCUUAGCAACGCACUUAUAGAUAUGUACGCAAAGUCAGGCAGUAUCAAAAGGGCGCUGCUUGUUUUUGAGAGUAUGAGGCACAAGACUAUCAUUUCAUGGACCACCAUGAUUGCCGGACUGGCUCUCCAUGGACUUGGAACACAGGCUCUCCAUAUGUUCUCUCGCAUGGAAACCCAUCAAGUUAAGCCCAACCAAAUUACAUUCCUCGCCGUCCUUUCUGCCUGCGCUCAUAUUGGUUUGGUUCAGCUGGGACGCUCGUUUUUCCACAGCAUGACGUCGACAUAUGGAAUUCAGCCCAGGAUUGAGCAUUAUGGAUGCAUGAUAGAUUUGCUUGGGCGCGCCGGCUACCUCCAAGAGGCCCAAGAACUGCUUCUACAUAUGCCAUGUCCACCAAAUGCGCCUAUAUGGGGCGCCCUUCUCGCUGCUUCUUAUACUCACGGUGAUGUUGUGCUUGGGGAGCAUGCAUUGCACCACUUAAUAGAGUUGGAGCCAAAUAACAGCGGAAACUAUGCACUUCUGUCUAAUUUGUAUGCUUCUGUUGGUAGAUGGAAAGAAUGUAGGGUAAUGAGGAAGACAAUGAGGGACAAAGGUGUGAAGAAGAUGGCAGGAGGAAGUAGCAUUGAAGUGAACAACAAAGUCAAUGAGUUUAUUGCUGGAGAGACAUCCCAUCCUCAGUUUCAUGAGCUCUUUCAAGUUUUAUGCAACAUAAACGGGCAGUUGAGACUUUCUGAGCUUUGGGAAAAACAAUUUGUUGAAUUUGGAGAAGAAAUAGGAUGUACAUCUGCUUCUACUUUGGCUAACACUUGAGAAUUGGCAUUGGGACGAGCUUAGUUUAGUUUUGUUUCACUCUGCAAGCAGUUGGGGACUGCUGACUUCUGCCGCGUGACUUGCUUCAUAUUCUGCUACACGUGCAUCAUUUUAGUUUCAACCAACAAGGUACACUAUUCUAAAAUCUAUAUGCUUAUCUUCUGUGUGUGUGUUCAGGGGAUGGUAUAGCUCUAGAUUCCUUACAAGAAAGCCUCCGUAGACUUGUAAUUGCUCGUUUCAUUGAUCACUGUCUUCCCCCUGAACCAAUUCUUGUGCACCACCUACCGAAGAAGAGGCUCGUGCAAAGAAGCCAGGUGCUAAGUCUGCUAAGAUACUCGUAGAAUCAGCAACUUUAGAACAAAGUGUUCUAGCAGCAGCAGUGCCUGUGGAUGCAAAAAGAUUUUCAGUUGAUCUACAAGCCGAAUUAAAUGAUGAUGGAGAAAAGGACCAUAAUAAAUCGCUGGAAAAACAUGCCGGCGAAAAGCGCAUACUUGAGGCUUUGGAGCCUAAUUUAGAUGGAGAGGCUGCAGAAAAUGACAUAGUUGUUUGGCGUGCCAAUUUCGAGGAAUUUAUAGGCUUAGGCAUAAGGUCUUGAGUUAGACCUAAGCUCCAUUUCGUCAAAUAAGGUAAAAGGAGGUCUACAUAGCUCUUUCAGGAACCAACUUAUUUAUAAUAGGAAUUGGAGUUCCGUUCAUCCUUCGUCGAACUAUUUCUCCUGAUGUUAAAGCAGCUCCGGUGCUUGUAUUCAUGGGAGUCGCCCUUUCUAUCGCGGCUUCACCCGUCUUGGCUCGUAUUUUGGCAGAACUCGAGCUUUUGACAACCAAUGUAGGUCGAAUGGCAAUGUCUGCAGCAGCAAUAAGUGAUGUAGCUGCCUGGAUUUUGCUUGCUGUUUCCCUUGCUCUCUCUGGAACUGGUCGUUCUCCCCUUACAUCGUUAUGGGUACUUCUAGCUGGGUCUGGAUUUAUAAUCUGCUGAGCACUGAUUGUCCCUCCAGUGUUUAAAUGGAUGGCUCAGCGCUGUCCUGAAGGCGAGCUUGUGGGUGAAAUGUAUGCCUGUGCUGCAUUAGGUACUGUUUUGGCAGAGGCGUUUUACGCUGGUGCUAUUGGAAUUCAUGCCCUGUUUGUUGCAUUUGUGAUGGGAAUUUUGAUCCCUAAAGAUGGACUGUUUGUUGGUGUUCUUGUUGAAAAAUUUGAGGAUCUCGUCUCUGGCCUCUUUCUUCCAUUGUACUUCAUCUCUGGUGAAUUGAAGACCGAUAUAGCCACAGUUCAAUGAGCUCAAAAUCCUCGUGAUUUCCCUUCUCAUUUCAGGACAGUUUUGGUUCACAGUAUUCAAUUUUUUUAGUCAUUAAAAUGUUCAGCAGGAAAAAAUUGGAGCAUAUAGUUUUUGAACGACUUCACAAGGAUUUAUGCUCUUGAUAGCUCCAAGAUCUGCAGGUCCCUAAAUACGAAAAGAAAAAGGGAUUGGGGGGCAAGUCGGGCGAAAGAGAGAGAAAGUCCUUCUCACUCGACUUGCGCGAGAGCGAAGAUUCCUAUUGUUUUUUUUCCAACUGGGAUUAGUGAGACCCGAAAGGUAAAGGCAAAAAAUCUAAGACACUGUUAGGUGACCUGCCAUCUACGACCUGAAAUUGCUUUCAUAAAAAUUCUCGUAGAAUCGAGAAUGAAGUGUAUUCAAGAUUUAUAAUUAAAUAUACAGAUUGGGAUGUACUAAAUCAAUAGAUUAAGUUUACCUGAUGCACAUCUAGUAAUUUUGUA